ACGGGGACGUAGGCCCACGCGAAUCCCCAUUCGAGAUGAAUCUGCGUUGGCUUCUGGUGUUCGCGUUUUUAUUAGGGGUGUUUGCGGGAAACGCGAGCGGGAGAUCUGCGGCCAGAAUCGCGCCACGAACCUACAACAAUGACAGCCGUUAUCAGAUCGAAGAUGUUUUGGAGAUAGAAGAAGAAAGACCUAAAUUGGAACCGGUUGUGAAAUCGAAUCAGCAAGAAUCAGAUGAAACUACGCCCCAAGGAAGGGUAUCCUACGACGGCUGUCAAUUAUGGAAAACUGCGGUGGACGAUGAUGACAAAAUUCGGCUGCUUGUUCGACUGAGAGACGAAGAAGACAUAACCAUGUGGGGCGGCAAUAGCUCAUCGAUUGACAUCCUGGUAAAACCAAAUUCCAUUGAGAAAGUAAAGACUGCGCUCAACCAAAAAAGUAUCAAUUACAAUAUAGCGAUUGAAGAUCUACAGAAAGCCAUCGAGGAAGAAAACCCCCCACUGGAAGAAGAUUUCGAUAACAGAAACGGACAUCGUUUGACUUGGCAGGCUUACCAUCCUUUAGAAGACAUUUACGAAUACAUCGAAUAUUUGGGGCAGACGUAUCCGGAUCUGGUUACGGUGCAAACUAUCGGUAGCUCGGUACGAGGUAAUCCCAUUAAAGUAAUCAAAAUUUCAAACGGUCAGACAGGUAACAAGGCCAUAUGGGUCGACGGAGGCAUACAUGCUAGAGAAUGGAUAACACCCGCAACUGUUACAUUUAUAGUUAACCAUCUGAUGGCGAACUACGAAAACGAACCAAAAUCGAUUCAAAACGUUGACUGGUACUUUGCACCAUUGCUUAAUCCAGACGGGUAUGAAUAUACCCAUAAGGUGGACAGACUGUGGAGGAAAAACAGACGCGGUUACGGAAGAUGUGCCGGAAUUGACCUGAACAGGAACUUCGGGUACCGGUGGGGUGGUCAAGGAUCCUCUAAAAACCCAUGCGCUGAAACUUAUGGAGGAACCGGCCCUUUUUCUGAACCCGAAACUGCGGCCAUUCAGAAGUUCAUUCAAGAAGCGACCGCGAAAUGGAAAGCCUACAUAUCGUUCCACUCUUACGGUCAAUACAUUCUGUAUCCUUGGGGAUACAACAGAGUAGUGCCGCCAGAUUUUCAAGAUCUGGAAGAUGUUGGACAAAAAGUAGCAGCUGCUAUAAAAAGUGUGGGAGGACCACAAUACACGGUAGGACCAGCAGGUAACACAUUGUAUCCUGCCGCGGGAGGUUCGGACGACUGGGCCAAAGGAACAAUGAAAAUGAAAUAUGCUUAUACUAUUGAACUACGUGAUAAUGGGAGAUAUGGUUUUGUGUUGCCCGCAAAUUAUAUACAACCCACAGCCAAAGAGGCACUGGCGGCAGUCAGAGUUAUUGCCGACGCUGUAAGUCGACUAUAAAGUCCAUAUAUGAUAAUAUUUAUUUUAGUUUUAGUUAAAAGCAGGUUAUAUAAAUGUGAUAGCCACUUUGGUUUUAUGUAAUAUUGACAUUUAAAAUAAAUAAAAA